AUGUCUGAGCAAGAGCACAUGCAGGAAUGCCUGCGCAAGGAGAUCCGGGCGCUGCUCAUCUCGGCCAAGGACGGCCUGAGUGCAACUCAGCUGGAGAAGGAAUACCUGCUGCUGGUAGGCAGCCCACUGCCACUGCGGGCCCUGGGCUACCGAUCCACCAUGGAGCUGCUGCUCGACAUGCCCGACGUGGUCAACCUCUGCCCCAGCCGGGAUGGCACCAUCAUUCUUAGAGCAAUCCCUGACGAGUCCACCAAAGGGAUCGCCAGUCUGGUCGCCAAACAGAGGAGCAACCACAAGGUCCGCCCCUCAGGGUCCCGGUUCCGGGCCAGUGUCUGCACAGGCCCUGGCCUGCAGCGGCGCCUGACCUACCGUGGAAGGGUGCCCCCGAUCCUCCCAGCUGUGGUGAAGAGUGAGCUCAGGGAUCUCCUGGCGCUCUCGCCUGUGCUGCUGGCUGACUUCGAGCAGACGUUCACCCGGCGCUUCGGGCGCCCCUUUCAGUAUGCCCAGUAUGGCUUCCUGUCUAUGUUUGAGGUGCUCAGUGCCGCAUCCGAUGUCAUUUCCGUGGAGCAGACGAGGGCUGGGUCUCUGUUGAUGCUGAAGAGGAGCAGAUUGGAGGAGAGGCCCAGAGGGUGGCCAGUAGGUAAAAUAUUUUCGCAGCCAUUUCGGAUGAAUCAGCAGGGGCCAUGUAUUAACUAUGAUCCCGGAGCAAAGGCCCGUUUCUCACAGCCCCCUUCCAACAUGGACACGCCCAGACAAAACCUGAAUCUGGACAGGACUUCUAGGGAAAAUGGCAUGGAGACUUCCAGGCUUAGUCACGCAGAGAAAUUAAACCAGUUGGAGAAUACGUUCAAAUCCGUUAUUGCCCAGAUCGGACCUGGUGGGGCUGUCAACCCGGAACUAAAGCAUAAGAUAAAAUUUGUUGUGUCCAAAUUUCCAGAUGGUUUGCUUAUUUCUAAGCUGCUCGGCGAGUUUGAGAUGACUUUCAAAGAGCAGCUGUCACCGAAAAGCCUGGGCUUCUUAAAUGUGAUGGAGCUGGUAGGCGCACUCAGUGACAUUCUGCACGUGGAAUUCCGGGAAGGGGAGCAGGAUCUGCUGGUGUUUGAUGCUGACAGGAGGCCACCCCCUGCAGUGCUGGCAGAUCAGAAAGUGGAAGGCAAAGCUCAGGUCUCCAGUUCCUCCCAGAACUUGCUGUCUGCUGCCGCCACCAAGGAGACCCCGUGGCACUGCUCCCGGAAACCCACGCUGGAGCCCGAAGCGAAGCUUUGCAAGAAGCCCAACUUGGUGGUGAAGCCCCUACAGCUGCAAGAAGAAGCAAACAAAGCCCCCCCGCUGGAACCGGCCUCGCCCAUACGGGACCUGCCCCCAGACGCCGUUCAGGACAAACACCUGUGCCGGCUGCCCCCACUGGAGACCAGCACCUUGGUGGGGGUUUUCGUGGAGUACAUCGUCUCCCCCAGCCAGUUUACAUACAUCGCAUCUACAAGCCCAGACUCCUCCGAACUGCUGGAGGACAUGAUGAUCGAGAUGCGGCGCUGCUAUUCCAGCCAGCUGGUAUCUGACCGCUAUUCCAUGUCGGAGUGUGACAUCCAGCCAGGCCGCCUGUGCUGUGUGCGCAUCUCGGAGGACAAGUGGUGGUACCGUGUCAUCAUCCAUCGGCUAGUCGGGAAACAGGAGGUGGAAGUGUUCUACCCUGACUUCGGCAAUAUUGGCACUGUGCAGAAAUCCUCCCUGUGCUUUCUCAAGUGCUGCUACAACCAAGCUGCGGCUCAAGCCAUCCCAUGCUCCUUUGGCCCUUGGGUGAGAGCCUUCACCACACACUGGACAAGUAGGCCAUCGUUGCAGUUUCAGAAGCUGUGUGGGCUGAAGCCAUUGGUGGGGGUGGUAGACGAGUAUGUGGACGGGAUCCUGAACAUCUUCCUGUGCGACACAUCCUCCAACGAGGACAUCUACUUCCACCACGUGCUGAGGACCGAGGGCCACGCUAUCGUCUGCCGAGAGAACAUCCCCUCCAUGGGUUUCCGGGAACUCAACCCUUUGGCUUUAUACACUAAGCCCAGCACCAGACUGGAAGACGCUGCCUUGACAGAACUGAGUCAUCAGUCCCCACUCCAGGAUCUAACCAUCAUCUGGGAUGUGCAGAAGGGCCCUGACUUCAGUCUUAUGAAAGUGGGUACCGGGAACGCUUUAGUGGCUGGGCCACUAAAGGAUGAAAAAGAGGACAUCCCGGAUGGAAUGCCAUGCCUGGAGUCCGUGACCCUUGGUGACGACAUCUGGGACGAGCACUGGCUGCCUUUGCAGACAAAAGUGGGGAGAGGAGAAGCCACUCCUGGUGCACUCACUGUCUCCCAUCUUACCAGGCCACCAUCACCCCCACCAUGGACCCUCUCAGCUCCUCUCCCUCUUCGAUCGAGGCCCCCAGCUCAGGGUCCGGUCAGCAGGGCCUGGACAGACCAUGGGAAGAGCAACUUUAGCCAAGCAACAUGUCUUCCUUCAUUUUCAGAGGAAAGUUCCCCCAAGAGCCCCACAGAGGCAGAUGCUGGCAGCAGCCACACCAUCAAGCUCUUCAAGGACCAGAGUCAGGGUGCCGUGGAUCAGCUCUCACUCAUACUGUCCCCUGAGCACCAGAUCUCACACAAGCUCUACCUCCCUCAGAGCACUGCCACAGCAGCCCUGGGUGCUGCCGCACGCUUAGCCAUGUCCAGGAGCCUCCUCCACUGGUUCCCCAGUGUGAAGAGGACGGAGGCCUGA